CCUCGGGGGUUUCCCUCCAACCCUGGCUUGUUGUUUUUCGUUCUCUCCGCCCUCUCCCCUUGCACGUGACUUGAGGGAGCGAGGAAUUGGAUCCGGCGGCGGCGGCAGUUGCAGCAGCGGCGGCGCUUGCGGGAAGGGAUAGCUGCUGAGGCCUCGGCAACGGUUUGAGGUAGCCGGAGGGAAGGCGGAGAGGUGCCGUGAGGCGACUUUGGAGUCGAAGAAAUGGAGGCGCGCCGGUAGAAAUAUGAAGAUACGUCUUUGGAAAGAAGUUUCAGAGUACUAUCUACAUGCCACGGAUCUGGAUUCAUUUGGGUCUGAAUGCUAGCAGAUCGGCAUUUGUAUUCAGCAGAAGGCCGGAGCAUAUGUGUUCAGUGUUUUUUGCAUUAUGUCAGUUCCCAGUGUGGGAAAUUCUCUGAUGUGGAGUAACAUAGCCCAGACUGACCUUUCCGGCCAAUGUCACAAUGAAACUGAUUCCAUAAAAGUUGCUCUGUUCAGAAAGUUCUUUCUUUCUUUCCUUCACGUUUGGCUUGAAGCAGAGUUGUGCUGCAUAAACUUCAAGGGCCACAUGCUAACCUGCAGUGGUGUGGCUAUGGGAUGAUGAUUCUUCUCCUCUUAUGAAAGCAGAGAUUGUUGCGUUGUUUUUCUUAAAACGCAGGAAUCUAGCAUAUCUAUUAAUUUCUGCAUUUGGCAUCCAUCUGUGUGUGCGUGUUUUCCAGUGGUGAUGCCCUCAUGUAUAUACUAGUCCAGACUUUGGCCUAGACUGUUGGAAACCAUGCCAUGAUAGCAACUACAACGUAAGUCUAGCCAUGACGGAACCCCACAGGGUCCAGCUCACCUCUCUGUCUGGUCCACUGAGCACCACUUUACUGAAAAAGCCUCGCCGGGAGGACAUCACAGGAACAGAGCACCCGCCGGAAUCUGAACCUGCGGCUGCAGCAGUUCGCAUUGCCCUCACCCUUUUUGAGCCAGAUCACAAGCGCUGUCCAGAGUUCUUUUAUCCAGAGCUGCUGAAGAAUACACGAGGAAAAGGGAAAAGCAGUUCCACAGGAGAAAAAAAAAAAGACCUUGCUGAUCCCUUCAAUGAUGAGGAAAAGGAGAGGCAUAAAGCAGAGGCGCUUGCCAGGAAGCUUGAAGAGAAAUAUGGUGGAAAGAAGCGCAGGAAAGAUCGCGUCCAGGACCUGAUAGAUAUGGGAUAUGGAUACGAUGAAUCCGAUUCUUUCAUUGAUAAUUCUGAAGCAGUGAGUAGCAGUGGAGGGCUCUGGUUCCCAACAAUAAAGCAGUAUGAUGAGCUCGUUCCAGCAUCUCUAACAACCAAGUAUGGAGGCUUUUACAUCAACUCUGGAACUCUACAGUUCCGGCAGGCUUCGGAGUCGGAGGAUGACUUUAUCAAAGAGAAAAAGAAGAAAUCACCUAAGAAACGAAAAUUAAAAGAAGGAGGUGAGAAGAUGAAGAAAAAGAAGAAAGAUGAUUCUUAUGAGAAAGAAAAGAAAUCUAAAAAAUCCAAGUUUCCCAAAACUGGUUUCACAGCCCUGAAUGCAAGCAAAGAAAAGAAGAAGAAGAAAUACUCUGGAGCCCCAAGUUACAAGGAAAUGCUGAAGAAGUUUCAAAAGGAAAAGGAAGCUCAGAAGAAGCGGGACGACGAGCCAAAGCUUAUUGUCCCUUCUCUGGCUGAAACGCCAACACCACGUGAAGUGGAAAGCCUGCCCGAUCCACUCCUCUCUUUCUUUGGCCACAGCAGUGACAAUGAGCUCCUUCAAGCUGCCUCAGCCAUGGACUCCCUGACUGAUCUUGAUCUAGAACAGCUGUUCAAUGAAUCUCCAGAAGAAAGCCCUUUCCAUGACAUGGAAGAUGGGAGUGACCCCCUUGGGAUGGGUCUGGAGCAGGACAUCAAGCAGCCUCUCUCCCUCCCCGAAGGACUUCCAGGAUCACUGGAGAAGCGCAUUGAGGAACUGACACAGGCUGCCAGGGUGGCUGAAGGAGAAGGCAAACACAAGUUCUUCAACCAAGAAAUGAAUAGCAUAUUGUUGGAUAUAGAGCUGCAAACUCGGGAGUUGAACAGCCAGGUCCGCUCAGGGGUGUAUGCUCACCUGGCCUCCUUCCUGCCUUGCAACAAAGACACCCUGCUCAAACGUGCCCGCCGGCUUUACGCCUAUGAACAGGGAGGGCGGAUGAAGGACCCUCUUCAGAAACUCAAGGAAGCCAUUGGCAGGGCAAUGCCAGAGCAGAUGGCCAAAUACCAGGAAGAGUGCCAAGCGCACACCCAGGCCAAGUUUGCGAAGAUGUUAGAAGAGGAAAAGGACAAGGACCAGAGAGAACGGGUUUGUUCAGAUGACGAGGAAGAUGAUGAUAAAGGAGGAAAGCGGAUCAUGGGACCUCGGAAGAAGUUUCAGUGGAUUGAUGAAAUCAGGGAUUUGCUCUGUCAGGCAGUGAAAAUCAAGCUGGACGGAUAUGACCGUGAAAAGAACAAGGCUCAGUCAAUGGAGGAUUAUGUGAAGACUUUCCUGGAUGCAGAAAUCAAGCCACUUUGGCCAAAGGGCUGGAUGCAGUCCAGGACCCUCUUUAAAGAAAGCAGGCGAGUGCAUGGUCACCUUACAUCAAUUCCAACAAAGAAGAAAGUCAUGGCGCCUCCAAAGGUGAAAGGAAAGGAGUCGUCCUGUAAGCCAGAUAAGAAGUUGCCCCUUCCUGUGCCCUUGAUCCACUCAAGCAGCGGAGUUACGCUUUCUCCAGAGUCGCAGGGAGUUGCAGUUGGCCUCAGCCCUCAGACCAGGGAACUCUUGGCCAUGAAUUCAACUCCAGCUCCCAGCAGCACAGCUGCUCCUCCCACUUUCAGCAUGGACGACUCUCUGGAUGAAGACUUGAUCCACAAUGCUGCCUCAUCUUUGGAAGCUGUCUCCAAGGAACUGGCUGUUCUUAACAGCCGGACGGGGGGAAGCCCUGACUUCACCCUCCCCGCCACCCCAAAGGUGCCUUUGGAGAAACCCCCCAUUCAGACCACAUUGGAAGAGAAGAGGAGCUUCUCCAAGCCAAGCCCCUCACCUGCCCCAUCUCCAGCCGGCAGCUCUCUGCAGUCACCGCUCAACUUCCUGGCCGAACAGGCCUUGGCACUGGGCCAGUCUCCUCCGGACAAAAAGACUGAGAGCUCCAGCUACAGAGAACUCUCCUGCCAGGCAACCCCUGCAAAGACUCCGGAUGCCCACCAGUCUAAGCCUAAGCAUCACAGCCUGCCACGCACCAUUCAUGGGCCCCAGACCUCGACCCCAGUCCAAACACCCCAGGUGAAGGUGUUCCCCCUGGGCUCCCAGCAGCAGAAAAACUUUUCCACAUCCCCUCCCUUUGUCAAGCUGCAGGGUCCCAAGAUCAUCUCCCCUUUGCCCCAGCGGCCUCCUCUCCAUCAGCAGGUCAAGACCCCCACCAAAUCACCCGGUUUCCAUUCUUCUUCCUCCUCCUCCUCCUCUUCGACCAUCUCCCCAGGGUCUGGCAGCGCCCACAAGACCCCUAAUUCCUCUUCUCUGACCCUGAGCUACACGGGGAAGCACCCCAGCACCCCUGGUUCCUUGGGGCAGUCGUUCAAGUCGCCUUUUGUGGCCUUGUCGCGUCACAUGGCAGCUUCUUCCAGCGGCUCCACGUCCAGCAUAUCCACAAACCAAAUCUCCUCCUCCUCCACGGGGAACCUGCUCCCAGGCACAUCGCUACCUUCUCCUGGGCAGGCUCCCAGUCGCUUGUCUCCAAGUUCCAUGGUGAAGAAGGCCCUGGUCUCCCAGAAGCUGACCUUGGUUGCUCCACCGGGGGGUCCGAACGUCAGUUCAAGCGGAGGGACGCAAGGAGUGGCCAAGUUGCUGACCUCUUCUUUGAAGCCCGCUGUAGUUAGCAGCACUGCAACCUCAACACCUGUGCCGAAAGGAGCCAGCGGAGCAGUCCUGCUUACCAGUUCAUCUUCCUUGAACGUCCUGUCUCCCGCUUACAAGCCCGGCAACCCGAAGCUGCCAGCACCAGCCCUGAGUUCCACCCCACUAGGAAUUAUCUCUCCAAUCCAUUCCUUCCCUCUUCAUGUGAUUUCCUUCAGCUCUGAAUCGUCCCCCAAGUCAGGGGUGUCGAAGGACGCCAUUGUCACGGGACCGGCCCCAGGGACUUUCCAUCAUGGCCUUGGCCACAGUCUUUUGGCUGGCUUGCCCUCCAGCCUGCGCCAGGCAGCGCCCCUCCCACUCUCAGUGCUGCCUGCCCAUUUAGCACACAGCCUGCCAGAUACAUCUCAGCUGCAUGGUAAAGGGUCCAAUGUACAGCCACGGAAAUUGUGACAGUUCGAAAGUUGAGGACAUGACAAGCCCUGAUAGGGACUUGCAGAAUGAAGCCACGGACGCAAGGUGCCCUUUCUCCCCACCCCCUGUUCCUUUUUGAAUGGAGUUGAUCUGGAGGUUCCUUCCCUGUUUGGACCAGUCCCUUUCCACAGGGAUCUGUGCCUCGCACUAAGAAAGGAAGCACUUAACUGGUGCCGUUCUGGCAGCUGCCCUGGCUUCAUAUACUUCAGGCACCUGAAUGGGAGGGAGAGAUGCAGGCAGGGCUCUAGAAGCUGAGCACAACAACCCAAGCCCUUCUUGUCACAUACCUCUGAAUCCAGUUGUUUCUCACUCCUUGAUUUUCCAGUGGACUAUGUGAAGGUGCUUGAACAUUCCUGCUUUGGGUUUACUUGGCUGGCUUAAGCUAAUCAAAGAGUGACAGUCACAAGUGGUUCCUCCCCCCCCCCCCUUAUGGUACCUGUAAUAAAGCUAUGCUGACGUCAAGCAAGAAGACCCCCCUUCCUCUGUGGCAUCAUUUGUAAAGUCAAUCAGCUCAUUGGUCUUCUCAGAAGGACAGAGACUUGUGAGGCCUUGAGAUGCAUUCAUGAACAUUGGCAUUCUGAUCUUUUUGUGUUGCUUCUCUGCCUUUUAUUUUCUGGUAUGGUCAAUCCUGCCCUCUUCCCUGCCCUGUCAUUACCACUGAAUGCAUAGGAUUGGACAAGUCCCCUUUCUUUCCCAGCAUGUCAUUGUGUAUAGCAAAGCCGUAAUUCCAGUGCCUUUUAUGGUGGAGCAAGAGUGCAAAACAUUUCAAGCUCUUUUUGUGUGGGCUCUCUCUUUUGUUGUUGUUUCCCCCCCCCCCUCAAAAAUUCUUAGCUGUAUUUAAGACGUGUUGGGCUUUAUUUGAUAAGAGCUUUUUUUCCUGGAGUUAUACACUACUUUCUGGACUUGACCUUGUGGAGUUGCCUAGUGCCAAGCAGAGUACAAAAUAGAUAUUGAUCAGUAGGUGUGGAGUAUGUGGACCUGAGUUUCCCCAAAAGCAGGGAUGGGGAACCUGUAGUCUACCUGAAGAUGAUGGACUGCAAACCCAUCGUUCAUGACCAUUGGCUAUCCUGGUUGGGGCUGAUGGGAGUGGGAGGGCCACAGAUACACCAUCCCUGCCCUAAAGCUGUUUUCCCCGGGCUCAGAUUUCAGCAGGUGUUCUGUAAGCAAGACGAGAUCUAGAGCUCUACUUUUGCUCUACUGGAGGAAAGAGUUCUGCAUACCAGUGCACAGAGACAUGGGUGUGUGGAGCUGGCCCUCUGUAGGACUACUGGGUUGCGGACCAUUAUCUAUUUGGAGAUGCUGUUCUAGCACCAGCAUGAUAAUGGAACCAUUGUAUUCUGGUGACAGGGCAGUUCCCUCUGAGAACCUUUCCUGUGCAAUCACUGGAAAUUGGGCUUGACCCUCUUCAUUUAAGAGCUUGCUCAGGCUUUGCUAAGAAUCUUGGUGGCUAAGCUCUUUUGUGGAGGUCUGGGGAGUAGUGUAUGCUCAUCAGGGCCAGCGCCAACCCCACCAGUGCUCUUUGCUGGAAAGUGAAAGUGGUUGUGCAUCAGAGCUGUCAUAAAUACCUUGCUUUGAGGAGGUGACUGACAGCUCAGUUGGUCAGUGGGUAAUUUGUGUAAGAGAACCAGGAAGGGGUGGGGGCUGAAGGACUAACUAAACCUUCCCCCUCUUCACUUGACCUUUUUGUCCCAGUAUGCUGCUUGCCCUGGGGAGAAAAGAGGUUAUGAAACACAUUGCCACAAAGAGGGGCACAUAUGGCAAUCCCUGUGAAAAGAGGCUUGCUGGAACAAGCAGCCUCUUCUGUUCCUGGAAGGCCAUAGACCAGGUUCGGUCCAGUGGCUUGCAAACAAAAACUGUUCAUAAUAAACCACAUGGCUCCUCAGGGUACUCCCUUCCCUUCAGAGCCCUACAUUGGAUGGUUCUUCCUUGGUAUCAGAAAGCUCUUGAUCCUCUAAGUGGUGUGAGCCCCGUUGUUUUUAAAAAAAGAGAAAGAAAAUAAAUCACAAUGAGUUCUGCUUGGAUUAUGACCAAAUUUGGAGCCAACUUCAUUCCUUCAACAUGCCUGUUUUGAAGUCCAAGUAAAUAUGGACAUAAACCCUAAUUAAUUUGUACAUCUCCCCAACAAAAUGAAUUGGAUUAUGUCAAGCUUAUUUAUGAAAAUAUAUCCAUUAUUUCCAUGAGAAAGUAAGAAUAAUAAAAACUCUAGGUUGUAGUAAAAGAGCCAAAGACCAAAUGUUAAGAUUGCCAGUUUUGAAGCACAGAAGUUUGUAACAGAUGGGCUUGUUUUUUGUUUUUGCUUUUUUCUGGUCAGGCCUCAAUCCUGCUGGGUGCUAAUUACCUCUUGUGAGAACUAUUUUAUCAUUUCGACAGGAUUGAGGCCUUCUUGAGCUACUUGCAAUUCCCCUCUUGUUGCUCUCCCUUGAAAGCUUCUGUUGUCAAAAGCUACCUGUGCAUUUGCAGUGGCUGGAGCAGAAACUUCUUGUUUUAGAAAGAAAUCUCAUGAAGCCUCUUGCCUCAGGGAAAUGUUAUUUCUUCCCCCUCCUCCUUCCCCGCCUUUUCUUUUGCAUUGAACAGUGAGAGAACUUAAACAGAGCCAUGGCAGGGCAGGGUCUAUCAGCGUUUGGUUGGAACAAGAACAAGAGCACUGGGGUCUCUCUCUCUCUCUCUCUGCCUUGGCUUUGACCCUUUUGGGAGAUUUUUGUUUAUGGUGGGCAUGUGCACCACCAGAUGGCACUUAAAAACUUAGAAAAGCAGCUUCUUUGAGUGUGGGAAGAGCUGCAAUUUAUUUUUGUGUGUGUUGUGGGUGGGUGGGUGGGGGCAGGGGCCUUUCUAGCUAAUGAGGAAGAUGGAGGAGACGUUUAAAAUGGCUAAUCUUGUAUACAGCAGCUGAAUAAAAUUGUUUUCCAGUUUCCAAAUUGCUGUUUUCAUUCUCUUUAUUUUCAAAGAAAAGGCAAAGAGGUGACCAUAACUCAGUGGCAGAGCAGCCACUUUGCCUGCAGAAAGUCUGUGGGUCAAUUCUUGGCAUCUCCAAGCAGGGUGGGGAAAAGACUCUUGUCUGGAACCCUGAAAAUCUGCUGCUAGUAAGUACCAAUAAUCCUGAGACAGAUAGGUCCAGUAGUCUGUCUCAGCAUAAGACAGCUUCUCGUGUUCCAAUACCUGAGACUCUGCCAGUUAGAGUAGAUGAGCAAAUAGUUUGACCUGUUACAAGACUGCUUCCUUUGAGCUGUGUUGGGAAUGCAGCAUGGCUGUUUUGUUUUUUAAGCUUUCCGAAGGCUUAAGAAAAUCCUGUCUCUCGUCCCCAAACCAUACUGCCAGUCGUCUUGGUAUUUAUGUGUGGGGCUGCUUGUAUUGAAUUAUUUUAAAUUCUGCAGCCUGUGUACAUUGUGCACAAUUUAUUUUGUUUCUGUUGUCAGGUAGAGGGACUGUGAGCUAGUCAGGCCCUUGGAUCCUGGCAGUUUUACUGAGCCUGGAGAUUGCACUAGGCCCAUGACCUCAGAAAAACUAGCAGCUGAGAUGACAGUCUCCAUCCUUUUUCUGCACCUGCUUGGAUUUGUGUAACACAGCCUGUCUAUACAAACUGUGAAAAUGCCAACGUUCUCCACUUUAUAUGUCCUUUUACAAGCAGUGGUGUACAUACCAGAUGUAGUGAGACGCCCUGCAUAUCGUAUCUUUUAUGUGAACAAAUGAAAUGGCAAAUAUUAAAUGGGAGGAAAUCAUCAGGUUAGAUUGCUGCAGAGUAUUUUUUCAUUUAUUUGGGUGCAUAAAUAAAAUUUCCCAUUCCCUUCUACAAUGCAUACUUUGAGAAUUCAUACAGUCAAAUAACAACUAAGCAAACACCAGCACAAAUAUCAUAAGUACCCAGUGUUCCAUUCUAACCGUGACAAUGGAAUGAGAGGCACUUUUGGGGAUUGUUAACUGCAGCAUCCUCUAUUUAACCUCCUUUCCUUUUUAAGGACUGGAGCUUCCCUACACAAGUAUGACUUGAAAGAUAAGCAGGUCGCUCUAAACAUACACACACAUAUCGUUUACUCAGUUACACAAUCAUAAUCACUAUCUUAGACUAUGUACUAGAGUCUGACAGUUUAUUAUGUAGAAAGGAGUUGCACUGUGCUUAAGUGUCAUCUUAUGCUGGAGCUUCUACAAACGUAUUCAAUGAUCACAGCAUAGCAUUGAACAGCAUCUGCCUUUAGACUGCUAUUCUUCGCAGUAGCUGGUUACUGGGUCUCCACUGGUGAGUUUAUUCUUCCUUUGGCUUUAUUAGUAUUGUCUUUAAAUAACAUCCAGGAGUAAAAACCAGUUCCUGCGGUAACAAUAUAUGCAUAUAGCACUUUAGAGUGCUCAGAGAGUUUCACAUAAACUCAGCUGUCCUUACAACAGCCCUGUAAGAUAAUGCUAGUGUUUCUCCACACAUUGCAGAGAUGAGGGUUAGUCAAUGUUGAUGCCUUCCUGAAGUUGUUGAACUACAGCUCCCAUUAUCGCUGGCCAUUGGCCAUGCUGGUAGGGAGUUGGGAGUUCAACAACAUCUGAAGUGCACUAGAUUUGCUACUCCUGGGUGAAGGGGCUUAGGGGGGAAAUGGCUCACCAAAUGAGUUCAAGAUUAAGUUGAGAUUCAGAUGGGAUUUCACAAGUGUUCAGCUAUCACUCUUAACUACUUCACUAAGGGAAUGUGUUGGUAGAGACCACAUGAGCUUGGAAAGCCAAGCUGGAGAGCUCUCAUUCAAAAAUAGCAUUGGGUAAUCAUUUGAUUUCUACCCACUCCCUGCCACCCCAGUGCACAGAGGGGUUUGCCACUGACUGGCGGGGGCAAAAGUAACAUGCAACUUUGGCAAAUUGGAGCAUUGGCUGGGGUGGCAAGUCAUAAAUAUUUUUGAUAAAAGCAAGUAAGUGCAGCUUAAAAGCACCCUAACGUUGGAGAGCAGGCACUAGGUUUGGGGAAUAUACACCUAUUGGAAGCAGCAGGUAGUAGAAGUCCAAGUUUGUAACAUUCGGUACAGCUCUAGACCAGCUGCUUAAGAAUAGUUCUUUUU